AUGGCUUUCAAGAGGUUUUUCUGGGUCUCCUCGCUCAUUUCGCUGGCCCUUGCUCAAGCGCAGAAUAACAAUCAAGGAGGUGCCACAUUAGACCCAGAAGUCAUUCAACAAGGCUCUUUUGUCGAUGGCAAGAGCUCUUUGGGUGCCGAGGAUGUUCAGGCAGCCUCAGCAACCUCCCAAAACAACUUCAUCAACUUUUGCAAGGGGCAAACACUUACCAACGGUUUCCAAAUCACGACCGGUUCUUGUAACGGCAUUGUGAUGGGUCAAAUUCCUGCUAAAGACCGAAUGAUCUCCACCGUCAUUACAAACCCAGCGAACGGUGCCACCAUUCCGUCUAAUCAAGACUUUGAGAUUGUUGUUCAAGUUACCAACCUCAAUGCCGGAGCCUUUACGAACGCUGCUGUCACCUACUAUUCCGCACCCCAGCAGUUGGAUAACGGCAAUAUAGUGGGACAUACUCAUGUAACCGUACAAGACACGGGUGCCGAUCUGAACCCUCAACAACCAAUGGACCCGCAACAGUUUGCCUUUUUCAAAGGUAUCAACGACGCCGGUAACGGCCAGGGCAGACUUAGCGCUGCGGUGACCGGUGGCCUUCCGGCCGGAAACUACCGUGUCUGCACCCUGACAGCCGCAGCCAACCACCAACCAGUCAUCAUGCCUGUCGCCCAGCGCGGAUCACAAGAUGACUGUGUCAGAUUCACCGUUACUGGUGACGGAAACACUCCGAACGAAGCCGCCAACAAUGGCGCAAAGGGUCAGGCAGCAGCAGCUCUGGUUGCUGAUGCUAUUGCCCUCGGCCCCGGCGCCCCUAAUCCGGGUGGCAAUAAUGCAGGAGGGAAUGGUCAAGGAAACGGUCAAGGAAACGGGCAAGGCAACGGGCAAGGCAACGGGCAAGGCAACGGGCAAGGCAACGGGCAGGGUAAUGGGCAGGGUAAUGGGCAAGGUAACGGGCAAGGUAACGGGCAAGGUAAUGGGCAAGGUAACGGGCAAGGUAACGGGCAGGGUAACGGGCAGGGCAACGGGCAGGGUAACGGGCAGGGUAACGGGCAAGGGAAUGGGCAAGGAAAUGGGCAAGGAAAUGGGCAAGGUAACGGGCAAGGUAACGGGCAGGGUAACGGGCAGGGCAACGGGCAGGGUAACGGGCAAGGAAAUGGGCAAGGAAAUGCCGGAAAUCCUGCCGGUGGUGAUGCUGCUGGCGGGAAUCCUGCCGGUGGUGAUGCUGCUGGCGGGAAUCCUGCCGGUGGUGAUGCUGUUGCCGGGAAUCCUGCCGGUGUUGAUGCUGCUGGUGGUAAUGGUGGCGGCGGGAACGCGGCUGGCAACAACAAUGCAAAUGCUGGCAACAACAAGCAAGCAGAUGGCCAGAAUAGGGAGGGCAAGGGAAAAGGGAAGGCCAACGGCAAUGAUAACGCCCAACAAGAACAAACAGGACAGGAAGGCCCAGCACUUGAUCCUGCAGCGGCACCUACCCCUCCUGCGGCAGCUCGUCUUGCCCGUCUUGCUCGCCGUCGGAGAUUCAUCGCAUAA